AUGGCGGCGUUCAUGAGAGUUGCGGACGAACAGGUGCGUCGAAAUUUACGCAGACAGCGCGUGUUCAGGGACAGGCAGAAUCCCCUAGACGCAUACGACGAUAUGGAUAUUAUCCAUCGUUACCGGUUGGACAGAAGGACCAUCAUUAGUAUUAUUGAUAUAGUCCAAGAACGUUUAGAGAGACCAACCAAAAGAUCUCGAAGUCUUCCAGAUUCUUUGCAAGUGUUUGCUGCAUUAAGAUUUCUUGCUUCUGGCUCCCAGUAUAGAAUGAUUGGAGACACUCUGGGGAUAUCCAAGCCAUCUGUUUGCAGGUCUAUCGACGAGGUUAUCAAUGUCUUGUGUCGGACACUGAACAUCAUAAAGUUUCCGACUGGUGAUGCCGAGACAACCAGGACGAAGGUUGGUUUCCAUGCAAUCGCUGGUUUCCCUAAUGUCCUUGGCGCCAUCGACGGGACUCACAUACCUGUAACAGAUGAGCAUUUGUACGUCUGCAGAAAAGGAUAUCACUCGAUCAGCGUCCAGGCAAUAGCUGAUUAUGACAUGAAGUAA